UUCAACCACUGAUAUAAUUAGUGCAUUCAAUAUUUUACUGACGAUUUAAAUGGUCAUUUCUCUUCGUCCUUAGCUGUGACUGGGUAAAGAUUCUGUAUUAAAGCCAGAUCGGGAAACAAGACAUGCGGUCAUCAAACGGAAGGUUAAGUUAAAGUGUGCCAUGUCGUAUGCACGGUUGCAGUAUUAUCUGAGCAAAGGUACGUUCCUAACCUGCAAAGUGACAAACAGUUGUUUCCCAAAAAUAUUAUUUCGCUUGAAACACCAGGAGAAAAAAUUGAUAUUGAAAAUGAACGAGGCGUUCGUUCGUUACGACAAAGGAACCGACAACUUUGAUGUGACUUUUCGGUACGUUAACGCGGAAUAUAAUGUGAACAAGCAGUUCAAUUUCAACAGAAAAUCCGACUCCACGGUGUCAAAUUUUCUCUCAAGAGUCGACGCGAAUGUUAGCAAGGUUCUGAGCGCGAAGAAAAAGAAAAAGAAAAGAAAAUCGAAAGGUGAGGUUUUAGAGGAUGAGCUUCCCGUCGCUGAGUGCAAAUCCGCUCUCCUAUCCCACGGUCUGCCUAUUGAAGGAGACGCACCCUGCAGAAGUGUUUUCACACCAAAUGCUGACGUUAGUCUAGUGCUACUGGGGAGUGUAUAUUCGGUCAAGUACAACGCUCCGUGGGUGAGCAACAUCGCAUUGCCAAAAUGCAUACUCGCCAGCUUUCCAACUUAUCCGUCAAAGUUCGAAACUUAUCACACUUCUCAAGUCGAGUCGGCAUUUACCUGGUACAGAAAUAACAAAUCGAAACCCAACGCCAAUGAUUGGCAAGAAGUCGCUCAGGGGUUCGUGUAUACUCCCAAAGUCGAAGAAAUUGGCUGCCUGCUGAAACUACAAUGCGUGCCCAAAAAAGCUGAUCAAAUAGGACCGACCGUCGAGGUCACAUCUCCGUCAACAAUUGAGGCUGGUCCAGGGUAUUGUCCGUUUGAAACAAGGCACUUGUUUACCAGGACAAAACUCUCUGGCAAUUGUUUCAGAAUAGUGUCAUACAACAUACUCGCAGACUUGUACACUGACUCUAGCUACUCAAGAGAGGAACUUUUUCCAUACUGCCCGCCAUACGCUCUAGAUAUUGACUACCGAAAAUAUCUUAUUCUCAAAGAGUUGAUAGGGUACAAUUCUGAUAUUAUCUGUCUCCAAGAGGUGGAUAGUAAAAUAUUUCAUCAUGACUUACUUCCGACACUUUCAACUCUUGAUUACAACGGUGUUUUUAAUCGUAAGGGUGGGACUGUGAGUGAAGGGCUAUCGACUUUCUUCAACAUUCAUAGAUUCCAAAAACUGAACUUCAAAUCUGCUGUUCUUAGCCAAAAUGUAGAUUUACCAGGAUUCGAUCAGACUUGGAAGUCUAUAACGAACGAAAAGUUCAAGGAAAGAUUUUUGUGCAGAUCUACCGCUGUGCAAGCAACAACAUUACUGUCGCUCGACAAUCUUUCAGAAAUUCUUGUUGUUGGUAAUACACAUUUAUAUUUUCAUCCUGAUGCCGAUCACAUACGCUUAUUGCAAGGUUAUUAUGCCCUCCAUUACGUUCGUAAUGUUGCAAAUGAAGUGCAGAAAAAGUUCCCGGACCACAAUGUAAGUAUCGUGUUGUGUGGCGAUUUCAACAGUGUACCAGAAUGUGGUAUUUAUCAACUGAUGUGCAAAAAACAAGUACCUGAGGAUUGCAAAGACUGGAAUAGUAAUCCUGAAGAGGCAGUACAUUCUGUAUCACUAUCGCACGAUAUGUCGUUUGCUAGUGCAUGCGGUACACCAGAGUAUACCAACUUUACGAAAGGGUUUGCUGACUGUCUUGAUUACAUAUAUUAUCAGACGGACCGACUACAAGUUGAACAAGUUAUUCCAAUGCCGAGCACUGACGAGCUCACCGAAUACACAGCGUUACCAUCCGUCGUAUUUCCUAGUGACCAUAUUAGCAUCUGUGCAGAUCUCAAAUGGAAUAUAACUAGAUGAUAAUUAUAGUUAGUUUAGUAAAAUCUUUAAUAUUGAAUCAAUUUUCUUCAGCAAUUAAAACAUGCAUUUUCAUGAAUCUGAGUGGUUUUUUGAAGAAAAUAAAACAAAAAAUAUUUUCAUUCUUUCGAUUAAUUUGUCCAACAUAAUAUUACUGUGCGUACGAACAGUGGAAUGAAAAACUUGAAAAUUCUUACUGUUCAUUUUUCCCAAAACAGAUUAUUUCUCUAUUCGGUUAGUCAAAAGAUUGAAGGGAAGCGAUGAAGUAUUUUUUAAAAACUAUCUCUUGUUUGUAACGUUUUUAUUGCAGACCAGAGUAAAUACGCCAUGAAUUUACAUUAACUUAAUUUAUCAUAUUUGCGAAGUUACAUUCGUUAAGUUAUAUCUAUUACUAGUUUAAGUUAAUUUACAAAACUUAUAUACAGCUAUACCUCGUCAAUACGUUAAUCGAAGGUGUCUGCGGGUAUCGUACUUCCUCAAUAAGUAAUCGAAUAAUUCCACAAUGUCAUCAACUAUACAUUUCGAGGAAUUUUACCCAGAAUUGAAGCAAAA